AUGGAGCUCAGCGCUAAACGAAAAGGUCCCAGUCUACGCCAGGGCCUCGACCGCGACGUCUACCAGGUCUUGAAGAAGCUUGAAGAUGCCAACGACGGCAAACCUUUCAAGACCACAUCCGCCGUCUACGAAGCUAUUAAGCGGUCAAACUCUAGCCUCAGCCGGCAAAAGAAGAAACCCCUCGAAGAUGCGAUCGAUCGAGUGCUGCAAUUCCGUAAGCAUGAACUUGGGGAGUCGAGCGAUUCCGAAGCCGAACUCGAGGAGCCGCCCUCUAAGCACGACGACGGCCGUUUCCUACUCAACAAGCAAAUGACCAUGAACUGGCACAAAACCCCGACCUCGACUCCAAACUCUCAAGAUACAGUGCCUCAGCCCACAAGCGAUGGGUUGCGCACAACCAAGAAGCGUCGCGUGGAGGACAGCGGAGAAGACCGAGCAAAGAAUGGUGUUGUCACUCCAAAGGGCGCGGUAACAGAUCAGGAUGCUGCGCCUACAGAGAAACAGGAGAAGGCACUUACAAAAAAGGCUUCAAAACUAAGAGGCCACUCCGUCAUGCGCCCCUCCGACUCUAUACAAAUCGCUGGCGUAAAAGACAUCUACACAAAGCUCUGGAAACAAGCGCGUCGUGUUCUGGUCACACCGGAUUAUUUUGGCAACUAUCGAAAAGUUCCUGGAAUUCUGUUAUCCGGUCCCACUGGGAUCGGAAAGAAGACUUUGAUCAAAUACCUUGCGUCAAAACUUGAUGUGCCAAUCGUCGCUCUCACUGGGUGUUUCGAAGAUCCAGAGCGUAUGGAAAAGAGCCUCAACGAUGCUAUUGAGGACGCCAUGAACAUCGCACCAUGUAUCAUGCUCAUCGAAAACCUCGAUUGGUAUAUGCCGAAAGCUGGGGGCACUGGGCCCACCGAGGGCCAACGCCGCAACUUGAAUCAAUUCACUCGCCACAUGGAACGAAUCGGAAAGGAGCAAGACAAGAGCAGGCGUAUUCUUGCUAUGGCUACUACCACGAGACUUACGGACGUUGAUCCUCUAGCACUCAAUUUGGGAAUGUUUGAGCGCACAAUCCAGAUGAGACUUCCAGACCAUGAGGAUAGGUUGGACAUUUUAAAACUCCUGACACAGGGAUUCCCCUUGACAGAUACUGUCGAACUUUCGGAGCUGGCCAGACACAUGCACGGGUUUGUAGCCGCUGACAUUGUUAAUCUAUUGACAUUGGCACUGGAUGCUGCAGCGGAGCGCAAAGAGAAUAAGGACGAAAGUCGUGGCCAUUGUGAACUUCCUACCGAUCAGCUCCCCGAGCCCAUGGAACUUGAAGAUGAACCUUCUACUCCCUCCUUUGAACCGUCGGACUUUUCUGUUUCAUUCGACGACUUCAAGUUCGCCUUGAAAGAAUAUGUGCCCUCUCUGCGGAAAGAGGGGUUCACAGUCGUCCCUAAUGUCUCCUGGGAUCAGGUUGGAGGCCUUGAAGCUGCUCGUGAUCAGCUCAAUAUGUCUAUCAUUGGCCCUAUCAAAGACCCCGAGCUCUACCGACAGGCCGGUCUCGGCCGCCCUGCCGGUUGCCUUCUUUGGGGUCCUCCAGGAUGUGGAAAGACACUUGUCGCCCAAGCCGUUGCCAACGAGGCACAAGCGAGCUUUAUCCUUAUCAACGGACCAGAGCUCCUCAACAAGUAUGUUGGUGAAUCAGAGCGCGCUGUGCGAGAACUGUUCAACCGUGCACGCUCCUCUACCCCAUGCAUUCUCUUCUUCGAUGAGAUGGAUUCUCUGGUGCCUAAACGUGACAACGCUUCUACUGAAGCCGGCACUCGUGUUGUCAACGCGCUUCUUACUGAGCUUGACGGUGUCCAGGAUCGCACAGGCGUGUAUGUCAUCGGCACAACCAAUCGACCGGACAUGAUCGACCCGGCUAUGCUUCGACCCGGCCGUCUCAAUGUACGGUUAUUCAUUGAUCUACCAACGGCAGACGAAAGAGUCGAUAUCCUUCGUGCCAUCUAUCGAACGAACCACCCUACUAUACAAAGUGAUGCUGAACUGGAAAGCAUCGAGCUUGUUGCUCGUGAUCCCCGCUGCAACGAUUUCAGCGGCGCGGACCUGGGAGGACUACACGUAAACGCAGCCCAAAGUGCUCUCAGAAGGUUCCUGAAGAAGGAGAAACCAAGGUCCGAAAUUGACGAAGUGGACUGGGAGCGUGCGUUGGCGACGACUAAACGAAGUGUGUCGAACCCCGAGACUUAUAGAAAAUUAGAGCAAAAAAUGGGUAAAUCAUGA